UGGCGCAAAGUAAAUAAAUGGCCAGUAUGUUUUGAAGCAAAAGGCAGCCAGUUCGGAAGAUUUUACGUUCCCGGGGGAAGAUUAGCGGCCGUAAAGCUGGUUCAUCUGUACGGAUACGUGUCUUGUCUCGCUGCAAAUCCAACUUACUGGUCCUACUGGGGCUGUGGUGACAAUCCGUGGAACGGGAUAAACACUCAAGUCAAUGUUGUCAUCACAGAUUCAAACAACCACAUUCUACUCCCGCCAAUUCAGUUCCAGAAGAUCAGCAACUUAAAGUGGUACAAGGUUCCCGGAUAUAAUUCCCUCUCACCUGAGCUUGUUCUGCACUUUUUUACGUCUCCCAAAUGGGUUCAUCCGAACCAAGAAUUACGCGUGUGGUACGGUGAAAACUUGGUCAAGGGAAGCGGAGAUAACGGAGGCAAAGUGUGCGCUGAUGUCUAUGCUCUCUUUGUGUGACAUAAGAGAUUCAAUUGCUACUUUUCUAAAGGUUUUAAAAAAUGUAAGGGAUUAAAGGGAAUUUUGCUAUAUCAUCUUUCUCACUUGACUCAAGUUUGACUAUUGAACUGUGCUCGUUUCGUCUAUCAAUUCUCCGUUUUCACUGUCACGCCAUUAAAAAUAAAAACGAAACCAUUCAAUACAGAAAGUCCAGAAUCUAGGAAAUGGAAGAAGAUCAAUAUACAAUACACCUAGCCAAAAAUCAGGUCUCUGCCAUAUUUCGUGUGCGAGAUAUUCGGAAAGAUGUUUUACCCAAAUUUACAAAGCUUUGUAUGGAGACGCCAUGUUGUUGUCCCUUUGAGGGGUACAAAUAUGGCCACCGGAAACCAAACGACACAUUAAGUCAUCGCUUGAGGAAUUCAUAAAGUUGGAAAUUCAAGUGUCCCUAUAUCGCAAAACGAAGAGCCCUUUUGAACCGAACAUUUGUAUACAGCUAUUUCGAAAUGGUUGUAGGAAGACGUGCACGCGACAAUCCCGAAAUUAAAGUUAUUGUGGGUGGUUUUGAAAUUUGAAACUAUGGUACGAGAAGCAAUGGACGUGUUUGCGAGUCCGAAAGGAAAGUAAAAAAAGUCGGUUCGACGGCUACACUGCCAGUAACAGUGUAUUGAUCAUAUCCCAAAUUAGCUUUCGGGAUUGUCCCGUGCGCAUUUUUUUCCGACAAACAUUCUCGAAAUAGCUGUAAACAAAGGUGUUUAGCUGCUGUAAUAUCUCAUAAGACAAAAUACUCACAAUAAUCGAUAAUCCCUUACUUUGAAUUUUGGUGAUGUCAUGUGAAAACCGGGAAUUGCAUUAUUCCCAUAAUUUUUUUUUACUUUUUAGUAAGAUAGCAAAAGUUAAGAUUAAAUGAUUUUUAUACAUUGUAACAGUGCAGCAAUAAAACUGAUCGUAGAGCGUAUUUUCCGAGUUUCUGAUCUUGUUGCGGGGGCAAACUUCUACAAUAUGAGGCGACCGUUGUAAUUAAAACCCAAAGUCAGACGAAACUGCUUUCGUCUGGCUAGAGUUAAAAUAAAGAGUUUAACUGCGCUGAACGUCAGAGGUAACUGCUAACCGUCUGUUGUUAAAAUAAAGCUUUUGACUGGGGUGUCUGCAAGAAGGGGAGGGGGAGGCAGAAGGCGAAGAAAAAUGAUGAACCAAGCAGGCUAUUUCAAACUACGAACUGAGACUGGGUGCGAAUCUGCCCACGAAACAAGAUAGAGGAAGUUGAAAGACACAACAGGUCCUCAACUCAUUUUCAUGGACUCUACCAGAAGCAGACUAAUCGGCUGCUGACUAUACGGUGAAGCUUAGCACGAAAGGAGGUGACUUUUUCAGGUGUCAAGUAUAUGAAAGGGUAGUAAUUUUUAAAGUUGCAGUCUGGACAAAAGAGUAGGCGAAGUUAUAAUUUAAGUACAGUGGAACCUCUCCUUUAGGCCCAGAGGGUAUUCGACCAAUAAUUUAGUAUAGGUGAGCCGCUGAGGGUUUGAAACCUGACCCUGUUUAGGAAAAAACCCUCAAAUUUAUUACCCUGUUUGCGACAAAUUAAAGGACAUGUACACUGUUUAAGGCAGACUUUCGCAAAAUUAUAAACCCUGUUUAGGACAGAGAGGACGAAAACUAUACCCUGUUCAGCGGCACAUCCCCGUAUACGCCAUCUAAGGGAGCAACCCCCUCCCUGGGCCUUUGGGACACCUCUACUCUCGGGAUACUUCCAUUCUAGGGACACAAAUUUGUUCCCCGAAAAACACCCACAAUCUUCGUAUCUAUUACCUCUAUUGAGGGGACACUUCUAUUCAGGGGAAAGGGACACAUUUUCUAGGUCCCGAAACCCCGGUUUAACCUCCUAAUCAUAAUUAUGGAAGUUUCACAAACUGAAUUAUCUCACUUAACCCGAUGUACUGCUCUUGUGUGAAUUUAACCUAUAAUGUCACAGAGAUGGUCAGUUAUUAAGAAACCCCAGCCCAACCGCUAUUGAAGGGUCUCUUGCGUCGGUCCUGAGGGAAUAGAGGUUCCACUUUAUUUCAAACGGCCUUUGAGCAUUGUCAACGUUGUGUACAUGUCUCAUUACUAUCUCAGUCUGUAACAGAUGAGACCUUUAGUACACUUAGGUCCAAAUGUCAUUACAGACAGGACCUUAUUACGCUUGGGUUCAAAAUGUUAUUAUAGAUAGGACCUUUAUUACACUUGGGUCCAGUUAUUACCCUUGUGCCUUCUACAGACGCUCCUUAUAGUUGUAGCAUUUAAUUCCAACGCUAAAUACAACUCAUAAGAAGACUUCUUGCUAGUAGAUAUGUGAGAGGUACCACUUUUUUAUAAUGGAAGGUAUAUAAAAGGGUAAUGGGUUGAACCUUUAGACGGAGCCUCCUUGGUAAAACUUUGCAAUGUAUUUCCGGGGGGAAGGUAGUCUCGGAAAAUUACCUCCAACCUCUCGUGAAACGCAACCUUGGUUUAGAGGAAUGCUCUCAACUGAGGCAGCUGUCACCUAUCUCGCUGAUGAGAGUCUCAUGAACAUGGAAAGGGCCUAGUCAUGGGUUCUACGUUUAUCGACCUAACUAAGGCUUUUGACACAGUUAACCAUGACAUUUAGAUUACUAAUAAAUUAAAUUAUUAUUACGUAUGCUAUUAAAGCUUUCCAAAGCUUAAGGACUACUUCUUGGAAAGAAAUCAGCUCGUGUGCAUCAAUUCUCAGUCCUUUGAAGAGCUUGCUAUUACUUCUAAAGUGCCGCAGGGGUCCAUCCUUGGACUCCCAUUGUUCAUUAUUGUCAAUUCAUUCAAUCAGUGUACUGAACAGUUUAGGGAACAUAAUGUCCUGUUUGCAUACGCCGUGAGAAUCUUUCUUUUCUUUAUUUUCUUUCAGUUCAGUGGCGCAAGCUGAAUUCGUCACCGGUUUGUUUUGGGAAGAGAAAUAGCCACUUUGGAAGAUUCUAUGUUCCAGUGAGUAGAUGGCUGCCAUUAAGCCCGUUCAUCUGUAUGAAUACGUGUCCUGUGAUACACUCACACCUCUAA